CCAAAAUGGAGCGAAAAGCUGGGGGCAGCUUGGGCUAGGGACACCUCUUGUAACCUCCAAACCCUUGGUUACGGCAAUCAUCUUCGACGUGGAGCAGACUUCACAAAGAUCCGCACGCGUGUCUUGGGUCGGCGCUGCACCUCCCCUUCCCACACCCCCUGGCGGUGCCGCCCUAGGCGCGCGCCGUGCGACGGGGAGGGGGUAUGGGGUACGGGGAUGGGGGCCAGCGCCGACCCGAGAAAUCCGCGCGGGCUUCCGAGAGCUUGUGCUUGAGCAGUUAUUUGGUCUUCUAACAGCCCCAACCUCGAGUUUCUCGAUCGUAGGCUGCAGCUGUUGCGCUGGUUCCCACAGAUGGUGCGCAAGGACCUGGAGCAGUGGGUCAUCGACGAGGUGCAGUCUUGCAGCAUUAGCAGUCGCGAAUCUUCGGAGGUCAUCGAAGGCUUCCAGCUGAGGAUUCCUGCGGUACCUGGGGUAUCUUUCAUGGCCGAGCAGGCUUGGUUAGAGGUUGAGCCGAUAGAGGUUGACCAGCAGGAUGAGGUGUCGCUGCCCGCCACCUUGUGGUUGCGGGGCGGCGUGGCCCAGCUGCUGCACCGCGGCGACGGCGCCGAUCCUCAGAGGCCACGGCAGCUGCGCAGCGUCCCAGAGUUCGGGGAUGAUGUUUCGGAGAACGACGACCACCAGUCGGUCGCCAGCAGCGAGGACCUUGCGCCGUCGGACAGCCAGUCGGCAUUGAGGCUGAAGUUUCGCCUUCGGGAGAGCAGGGUGCUCGACUAACUGUGGCUCUCUCACCUACGCAGACUUAUCGGCCCUGCCAGAAUAUUUCUCCGUUCUCAGCACCAGGGCAGCAUAUCGGGAGAACUGGGCUUGUUGCCUGUAUCACCGUUCCGACCGUGUGCAGUGUCGGUUCUGUCCAGCUGCGCAGUGUGUAUGGCUGGAUGGAGAAACCAUCUCCCCCCCUCCCCCCUUCGUACGCUCCACCGCCGGUUCGGCCCUGGGACAUCUCCUGGCGACGCCUACCCACUCUCCUCCCCCGCUCCCACCCCCGCUGCUGCCGACGGCCGCCGGCUCUCCGUCGCCAACCGCGGACCCGCGGACGACCACAAAUCGUGGCUCUGGUGGUGGGUCUGCCAUAGCCUGCGCGCGCCGCAGGCUGUGCCCGACACCCCGCGGGCAACCAGAUCGUCAGUUUCCCCGAAGGGUG